AUGUUAUCCGUAUCGACGUUUGUCGCGGAGCGAGCUGGGCAGACCUUCAACCGGAUGCCGACGAGAGUCCGUCGGAGAGCCAUGGAUUUCGGACCAGAGUACGAGGUACAGCGUCCGGAGUACGCGGUUCUAGAAUUCGGGCUUGGUUUCAUGUUUGAUUCCGGGGCUUUCGUCAGUGCGGCAUGGACGGAGCGACUGAGUGGCCCGUCUGCCUGUUCAAGGACCAUUUUUCCGCUAGGCAUUGACUGGACCCCCAGCGGAGACGAUCCGACGGUACGCCAAAUGGGAGGCGCACGCCUCGCAGGCGCCUCGCACGCCCCUGACAUCAUCAUUCCCCGGACUGUACUGGUGGCAUGGCAGGGCACCGUACAGAUGGACGACACGGUCACUCAUGAUAUGCACCGCACAAGGUCGAGAGGAAUGGCUUGGCGGAGGCUGUGCGGAAAGAGAACACGGAAAGGGACGUUGUCGAACGACCAUUAUCCCCAAAGGGAGGAGAUCUUUUACGAACCCCGAACUCGAGUCAGCCUGGGAAGACUCGGCCUUGGAACAUGCUACUACGGAGAACGACUGCAUGAAAUGGGGCUCUAUGGAGUAACAGAACGGGAAAAAGGAAGGAUUUAG